CAUUGUGAACGGCAAGGCCGUUCUGUCGAUACGAAGAAGCAGUAAUUAAAAGGGGACGAGACGCCGCGCUUGGUGUGAUAGUUUUUAUUUUAGUUUUUAAGUUUAAAAAUUAUUAAUGCCAGUGUCAAAUUUAUAUAGUAGGACACAACAUUAAAAACGGCAUUCUUAACAAAGUGAUUUAUUACGGAAAACAAUAGCAAACGUUUUCACUGCAAGGCGCCUGCAGACACGAAUAGAAUAGCGCCAAAGUAAAGUGUUGUAACUACCUCAUCGUCCUUCGCAUACCUCCACAGACAGCUACAUUAGCCCAAAAAAAUGGGACGUAGUCCAUCUCCAUCGCAUAGGCGACGUGAGAAGGAGCGUUCUGAACGUAAAAAGCGUCGUGAACGACGUUCUAGAGAACGUGAAAGACAGCGGGAACGUGAGACGGGAGCUGGCGGUAGCCGUGCUUUGCGUAGACGUUCACACGACAGAGGAGGCGGUGGUGGAGGGGAUCGUGACCGGAGCCGCAGCAGAAGUCGUGAAAGAGACCGAGGAAGUCGUCGCCGUUCUAGGUCUCGUUCUCGUGGUCAUCCAUCUACUUCGGCCUCAACGUCGUCUGGACGACGCGGCGCUGCCGCUGAACGUCCUAAAAUCACAGAAGCUGACUUGGAAGGUAAAUCAGCUGAAGAAGUCGAAAUGCUGAAAACAAUGGGAUUCUGCACAUUCGAUACCACCAAGAAUAAGAAGGUCGAAGGCAACGAUGUUGGUGAGGUGCAUGUCAUCUUAAAGCGCAAGUAUCGUCAAUAUAUGAAUCGCAAAGGCGGCUUCAAUCGACCGCUGGACUUUGUGGCAUAGCACGUUGGCAAAGCGCGUACUAACGCGUCCACCCACCACACAAGUUCAUGCACAAUGGCGUUAUAUCGAUGUACACUCUUGUACUAAUAUUUUUAUUAUUACUAUUUCUUUUAGUAGUGCGGCUGCUGUAGUGUCCAGCGAAGCAAAGCUACAGCAGCAUGCACAAGACAAUCCUGCAAUUUUAUGCAAUAGACCGGUUUACAAAAUUCAAUUUUCAAAAUUUCCACCACACAUACCUCAUUAAUAUUUAAAAUAUUAACAUUUUUUUCUUGUAUUGUCCUGUUUAAGUUUUCCCAUAGUCAGUAAGAGCUAUUAUAAAUGUGACAUGACGCGAGUGUGAAGAAGAGUUGAAAAGCGCCCCAGCAGCUGUAACAGUUUGAAACAAAAAUUAAUCCGGGCAAUAUUUAUGCUUUACGUGUUGUAGUGAAGCAAAAUUGGUUAUGCUGAAUUUUUAGUUAAUACUUCAAAAUUUAUUGUUGCCUUUAAAUAUUAUUUUGCUUUGGAAAUUAUUGAAGUGUAGUUACUGGGGCAGCAUAAUGCACUUUUCUCUCAAUUAAAUCUCGUAAAUAGCGCACGAUGAGAUUUCCGUAAUUUUUUUUUUGAAUAUUUAAAGUAAUUAAACUCACUUGAAACAGGAAAAUCGCAAAUAUUUUAAGACUAAAAUGAAUUAAGGCGAAAGUGCUACGUUGUUGCCAAACUGCAAAUUUUACGCUUGAAUAUGUUUUAAAGCAAUACAACUGUUGCAAUUUAAAAUUGGUAAACAGUUUAGUGAAUUAACUCAAAAUUAACAAUAUUACCUUUUUCGUUUAUUUAAAAUUAACUGACUGAAAUUAACAUGAACACUUGCCCUUGAUUCAUUUUAGUUCCAUAGUGUAAGAGAAAUCUGUAAGUCUCUCACAGUUUCAUUUAAAUUUUUACAAAAUAUUUGUUAUGUUUUAACCGCCACAAAAUUUCUUAUGCAACACAAUUACUUGAAGUAUUUGAAAAUCAUAACAACAACACAAUACAACAACAACAAUUUCCCCAUAUAUACCCCUUAUAUAAAUACAUAUAUCCCAGCACGCAUUUGAAUGCAUAACUCCCCAUAGUAUCCUCCAUACACUGCAAUAGUACAAUUUUUUAUCAAAAUAUUUUUAUUUUUUUUACAAAUAUAGAAACUAUAUAUACACAAAUAACAUAAAUAACCCGUACCUUAUUGAUCCUACCCAACAUAACUAGCCUUACCCCUAACCCCAUACAAUUUUCCAACCAUUUUCCCCGCUCAAAUAUACCCAACUACAAUAGACCAAAUAUGCAAUAGCCAGGGAUUUAUAUAAACAUUAAAAAUAUAAUUGUUACAAUGGUAGUUAUUACAUACAUACAUACAAACAUACAUGAAAAUAACUGUAAAAUAUGUAUUUAAGCAUUUUUUAUACAGAAGUAUAAUGUGUGAAGAUUUUUUUUUAUACUGAAGACUACACUUUUCAACAGUUUAUUCACACACAAGUGCCGUUAAAAUCUUAAAAAAAAAAUAACAAAAAAAAAUAAAGAAUAGUAAAUAGUUUUUGUAAUAAAACAACACUUAGUGAUAAAAAGAACUGAUGUACGUGUUGAAAGCAAGUUGAGUGAACAUUGAAAAGCAGACAUCGCGAGAGUUAUGUGAGCAUAUUUAGUUUGGACUACUUUCGAUUUUCGUUUUUUUUUUUUAAUAUAAUAUAAUUAAUGAAAUUUUUUCUUCAAUUUCAUGCAUAUUUUGUGGAAGAAUGAAAAGCAUUCGAAACUUUAAAUUAUAUACAACAAAUUCGUAAAAAAUCAAGCAUAACAGCUUUAACUCGUGUGCUUAAUUAUUUCGAACAGCUAUUAAGAGUAAAAACCUUUACUUUUGAACAAAUACUUACAUCUGUAAUUGUUAAAACAGCACUUACAAGUUUUUUACAUACAUGUAUAACAAAUUAAAAAUACAUUUAUAAAUAUAUAUGUAUAUGUAUAACUAUAUACGACAGCAGUAUAUAUGUAUCACCCACAAAUCGCAAUAGUUGAGAUUUGGCAUAAACCUGAUAAUCUUUUGGCUCAUCCACACCCCAUACACAUACUUACAACUUAGCUAUAAUUAAACGAAAUUGCAGGGAUUUUUUUCAUAUUUUAUUUUUAUUAUUAUUCUUUUAAUAUUAAUGUUUUACUUUAAUAAACAAAAGAGAAAUAAUA